UACCGACCAUUUCUUCUAAUCAACUUUCUUGACAUAUGCCAUUGACAAUUAAAAUUUGCUCGUCAUUCGAUUCAGUGAGAAGUUGAAAACUAUUUUCUGUGUUAAUAUUUUGCUCCAGUUUGAAUCACAAAGUUAAAAUGUUUGGACGGCAAAGUGGUAUUGGUGGUGGUAGCUCCAGCAGCAGCUCUAAUUUAGUGGAAUUUCGCGCUGGUCGUAUGAAUAUGAUAGGCAAAAUGGUGCAUCCCGAUGCUCGAAAAGGUUUAGUUUAUCUAACGCAGAGCGAAGAUGGGCUAAUGCAUUUUUGCUGGAAAGAUCGUACCUCGGGCAAGGUUGAGGAUGACUUAAUUGUGUUUCCAGAUGAUUUCGAAUUUAAACGUGUUGAUCAAUGCAAGACUGGGCGGGUUUAUGUGUUAAAGUUCAAAUCAUCUUCUCGUCGAAUGUUCUUCUGGAUGCAAGAACCCAAAGUUGAGAAAGACGAGGAACUGUGUCGUCGGGUAAACGAAUUAAUGAAUAACCCACCUUCACAGCAGCGCAAUAACAGCGAUAAUGGCGAUUUACAGUACAUGUUAAACAAUAUGUCGCAACAACAGUUGAUGCAAUUGUUUGGAGGUGUUGGUCAAAUGGGCGGGUUAACAUCUCUUUUAGGAUCGAUGAAUCGAUCGGAAAAUAGCUCGCGUACACCUGCACGUAAUAGCAGCAGUAAUGCUGCCAGUAAUUUACUUACACCAGAAUCGAAUACCGCUCCAAAAACACCAUCCGCACCUAAAGGCAAGGGUAACAAUAGAAGUGCUGCCGGAGCUGCUGCUACCAGUGCAUUGUCAACCCCAUCCAAUCGUACACUCAGUGUUGAUCUAUCGACAGCUCUAACAGGCUCUGAAGCUAUUAACCAAUUAAUAUCUGAUCCAGAACGUGCAAAAACUUUAUCCGUACACCUGCCUGAAAGUGAAGACGCUGAUGAAAGCAAAAAACAGCAAAUAAAAGACACAAUCGCGUCGCCACAAUUUCAACAAGCACUUUCUCUAUUCUCUAAUGCACUUCAAUCGGCACAGCUUGGCCCUGUGGUCUCACAAUUUGAACUAACACCAGACGCCGUUGCAGCCGCAUAUGCAGGUAAUUUGGAGGAGUUUGUUAAGGCUUUGGAAAAAGCACUUCCAGCUGGAGCCAUCAUGGAUACUCCCAAACCCAAGGAAACCGAGAAAGAUAAAGAACCCUUAAAACAGAAAGACGGCGAAGAAAAUAAAUCUGAUAAAAAGUAAUAGUUAGCAAUUUUAGUAUGCGUCAAUAAUAUUUAAACGAUACAACAAAAAUAUAUAUAUCCUUCCCAAAAAAUUAAAAUCCA